AUGAUGGACAAAAUCACAGACAAAAUCGCGGCGCUGCCGGCCGAUGGAGAGUACUUCUCUCUGGAGUUCUUCCCUCCCAAGACACAGAUGGGCUUCUCCAACUUGCGUGUUCGCCUUCAACGAAUGGAACGAGCCCUGCGACCGCUCUUCGUCAAUGUCACCUGGGGAGCUGGCGGCUCAACAGCCCAGAAAUCAAUCGAGCUUGCCGAGCUAUGUCAGCGAGAGCUUGGCCUCACCACUUGCCUCCAUCUCACAUGCACAAACAUGAGCCAAGCAAUGGUUGAUCAGGCACUACAAGAUGCGAGAGCGCUGGGCAUUCGCAACAUCUUGGCUCUGAGAGGAGAUCCGCCCCGCGCCGAGUACCGAGACGCCGACGAACCGACCGGCUCUGAGGAGUUUACAUGGGCAAUUGAUCUUGUCAAGUAUAUCCGCAAGAAAUAUGGCAGCUACUUUUGCAUUGGUGUUGCUGCGUAUCCAGAAGGCCAUGGCGAUGGAAGCCACCCCGAAGGACAGAGCUUUGAGCACGAUCUCCCAUAUCUUGUCGACAAGGUCCAGGCCGGGGCGGAUUUCAUCAUGACGCAGCUCUUCUUCGACAUCAAGGCCUAUGAGAAGUUUGAGACUACCCUGAGAGACGACCCUAGCGGAGCCUUCAAGACGAUACCCAUCUUGCCUGGCUUGAUGCCAAUUCAAAGCUACGCAAUGAUCAAGCGAACGGCCAAGCUGAGCCAUGCCGAGAUGCCGGAAGAAAUCAUGGCCCGGCUAAACGCUGUAAAGGGAGACGACGAGAAGGUCAAGAUGGUCGGCGUUGAUAUCCUCAGCGAACUGAUAGAGCAGAUUAGAGAAAUCAAGAGCAGGACUCCCGGCCCCAGAGGCUUCCACUUCUACACUCUCAACCUCGAGAAAUCAAUCUCCUUCAUUCUGGAGAGGACGAAACUGAUCCCUGACGUCCCAGAAGAUGAAGAAGCUGUUGUGGAUGAGCCCGUGCCGGCGGCGGUGACAGGCCAGCGAUCGAUUCCAAGAAUCAGCGUCAAUGGGAAUGUUCCACUUCGCCAGAGCCGCAGUCACUCCCGCACAGCCAGGAGACAAUCUUCUGUUGGUUCCGACCCCCACAACCGAGUCAUUGUUGGAAGAGCCGCCGCGCACCCCGAAUGGGAAGCGAGCAGCACAGAGGCCGGCCUCCCUGCCGAAAGCAUCAACACACGUGCCAACACGCUGGCCAUCUCCGAGGGCGAAGGAGCUCUUGGCCGUGAGGCGACGUGGGAUGACUUCCCCAACGGCAGAUUCGGUGAUGCCCGUUCACCUGCCUACGGUGAGAUUGACGGAUAUGGCGUCAGCAUCCACAUGUCUGUCACACAAGCCGUCUCCCUCUGGGGUCACCCAAAGACGGCCAGCGACAUCAAUGACAUUUUUGUGCGACACAUCCGAGGAGAAAUCUCCGCCAUCCCGUGGAGCGAGGAAGAUCUCCUUCCCGAAUCCAACAUCAUCAAGUCUAGCCUAGAGGCGAUGAACAAAAAGGGCUGGUGGACUGUUGCCUCCCAACCCGCGGUGAAUGACCUGCCGUCAAACCAUGGCACAUUCGGAUGGGGACCUGCCUCUGGAUUUGUCUUCCAGAAAUCAUUCGUAGAGUUCUUCAUCCCAUCAGCAGACUGGAAGAUUCUCUACGACAAGCUCACCUCUGAGGAACACGAGGAAGUCGUCUGCUUCUACGCCAGCAACGCCAACGGCGACUUUGUUUCAUCCGACUCAACCGGCGGCACGAGCCGAGCUGCCGUCAGCGCAAGCACAAACGCCGUGACAUGGGGCGUCUUCCCCGGCAAAGAAAUCGUCACGCCAACCAUUAUCGAAGAGGUCAGCUUCCGCGCCUGGUGCGAGGAGGCCUUUGACAUCUGGGCCGAGUGGGCAAAGGUCUAUGGGCGAGGCUCGGACAGCGAGAAGCUGUUGAACGAAAUCGGCCAGGAUCGCUGGCUGGUGAACAUCAUCCACCACGAUUACGUAGAUACAGAGGCUCUGUGGAGGCUAUUGACGAACUGA